AUGCUCAGAUCUUCAGCAAAAGCCAUAAGGCCCUUCUCAACCAGUGUGCCUCGUCUGUUUCUCGGCAACUUCUUCGGAACCAAGGAGGCCAAGAAAAAGGAGAUCAUCCAGAACCAGGACGAUUAUGAGGUCGAUCCAACAUCCAAGAUCGUCAUCUUGAACAAGGAAAACUCACCAGAGUACAAGCCAUUUGUGGCUGAAGAAGCCAUGCCUGACUUCAAAAUCAACCAGUGGAAGUUCACUCAGGUCAACCCUGAGAAUAUCGAAGCUUCUUACUCCAACGAAACCUUGACCCAAGUCAUCAGUCAAUCAUACAGCGAGUUGAAGGGAGAACAAAUCAACGAGAAUCAGUACAAAGAUAUCAGUUUGAGUGAUUUGCAGUUUCGUUUCCAGUUGGGUAAGUUGUUGCAACAAAAAUUGGGAUUUGACAUCAAUGACCACACGCUCACAAGAGCACACACUUUGGAGUAUUUGCAUAAUGAGUUGAAUAAAGUGAUUUCCCACAGAUGGUCCAGCGAAAGAAACCCUAACGCGGUUGUUUUAAGACCCGAGGACUUCGAGCUGGUACUGAACGUUUACUUAAGCAAUGAGAGAACCCAAGAGGAGCAGAAGAAGGCAUUUGAGGAGUUGGUGGAGAAGGCAAAGGAAGCCACCGCGCUCUAG